AUGGCCAGUUUUCAUGACGAAUGGGAGCAGGAGCAAUGGGCCGAAGAAUUCGAGUGGGAACGCUGUCAACCGGAUCAGAUGCUAGUCUGCUCACUUGAAGAACUUGAGGGGGUCUUCGAGGCAGUGAUCAAGACAAUCAAACCUCGGCAAGCUAGAUCCGACCACUCCGUCCCAGCCAACGCCUUGUUCUUCUGUGCCCGUUUCGCCACUCAUAUGGGCACCGUCGAACUAUUAGAAGAAGUCUUACUAGGCGCUGUUGAAAGAAAUCGUUGUAUUGCUGCUUACAGAUAG